GGUAAAACACGAACUAAAGAUAAAUAUAGAAAUGUCUACACAGAUCAUCAACGAUUAGAACUGGAAAAGGAAUUCCAUUACAGUAAAUUUAUCACCAUCAGAAGAAAAACUGAACUUUCAGCUAAACUUAAUCUUUCUCAAAGACAGGUGAAAAUCUGGUUCCAAAACAGGAGAGCCAAAGAACGAAAACAGAAUAAAAAG